UCGAAUGAUUUUAAAAAAAUUUUUAGCACUCUACAAUGACAAUGAUAGUCAAUUCUUAUUCUAUUUCUAUUCUCUUCUUAUUAUUUGCUCUUGUUACAAUUUGUUUCAUCUAAUUAACGAUAUUUCAGAGAUGGCGUUAUUUUAUCUUUAUGUUUCGCUUAUUAUUUUAUUUCUUGUCCAUACUUUUUCUUGGUAUAUAAUUACAAAUAAAAUGUAAAAUAUUUAACAUUUUUAUCAUUUUUCUUUUAAAUAUAUUAAUAUAUUAAUUUUUAAUAUAUUUUAAUUUUUAAUAUAAAAAAAUAUAGAUAUUAAAUUUUCAGCUUUAUAAUAUAUCUUAUGAAUGAUAAUGUAGCAAAUAAUAAUUUAUCCUGAUAUAUAAUGUAUAUUUUAACACAAGAAAUGAAAUUUUAAAAAACGAAAACUUGACCUAACAAUGAAAGAAGAAACAAGAAACAAUUUUAAUUUUAUUUAAAAAUUAUAUCGAAUAUUCAUUUAUCAAAUUUUUGCUAUUUAUAAUUUUGUAAAAUAUUUUUAAAAUGUGCAGUUUAAUUAUCCAAACAUUAACUUAUUAUUAUUGAAUUACCAACAUCGUAAUCUUAUUAUUCUGAGCCGAAUUGGUAACAUUGAAAAUGAUGUUAAAAUGAUAAGUGACUUAGUGCUCUUGAAAUAUGAAAUAAAAAAAUGAAUUUUAAUUAUUUUGUAUUCAGUUAAUUAGAUUGAAUAUAAUUUUUAGAUUUAUUGUUCUAAAUUAUAUGAUGUAUCAAGUCUUCUAACUUCUUGCACUUACUAAUUCAAAAUAUGAAAUAUAAAAUUUAAUUUUUUAAUUUAAAAUUUAAAUUUAAUUAUUCAAUGGAAAAGUCUUCAAAAAAUUAUUUUAUAAAUUGCAUUAAGUUAUUAUUAUAAAAAAUAUAUUGAAAAUAAAAUUAAACUACGUAAGCAUUUUUAUAAUUUUAAAUGAUUUUUAAAUAAUUAAUACAAAAGAAAAAUUUUAUACAAAAAAUAGAAAAAUCAGAAAAAAAUAGAUAUUCCUUGUUUUAAUGUAAAAAAAGUUUGUGUUUCAAGGAAUUUUCUACUACAAAAAAAAAUAUAAAAUAAACAGGUGAAGAGAAAAUUUAUGACAGCGAGAUUAGGUAACUAAAAACACUGUUUCACAACGUAUGGUAACGCGUUUGCAGAGAUACCUUUUUAUAAAGGUUCUCCAAUGUGAGGUUAAAAAACCUUAUACAACAAUAAUGCCCAAGAGAUCACUUCAAAGUCCACCUGAAAAAAAAUUAAAAUCAAAUCAAUGCUCGAUUAAUUCAACAAAAAACGCGGAUUCCUUCACAGAACAUAACCUCAAGACAGAUACAACGAUUAUUGAAGACAUGCAAACAGAAAAUGGUAUACAAGAAUCUUCCGUAUGUGUUUCAAAAGAAUCACGAACGAAAGUUACAUAUUUAGAAACACCUGUGAAAUCGGAGAAUGAUAAGAAGGAAUAUAGAGUAAUUAAAUUAGAAAAUGGUUUGACUGCUCUUCUAAUUGCUGAUUUACACUCCUUUCAUUCCUAUGAUCAAAAUGAUAGAAAAGAUUCAAUAAGUACAAAUGAAGAAGAAAAUGAAGAAACUAACAGUGAAGAAGAUGAAGAGGAAAGUGGAUCAGAAAGCGAUACAGAGGAUAAUCAAUCAGAUUGUGAUAAAGAUGUAGAAGAUUGUGCUUUUUCCAAACGAUUAAAAAGAGAAGAAAAAAUGGCAGCAUGUGGAUUAUCAGUGGGUGUAGGAAGUUUCAGUGAUCCACCAGAAAUUCCAGGUUUAGCACAUUUUUUGGAACAUAUGGUUUUCAUGGGAUCAGAAAAGUAUUCUGAGGAAAAUGAUUUUGAUGCGUUCAUUAAAAAAAGAGGUGGAUCAGACAAUGCCUCUACUGAAUGUGAAUUAACAACAUUCUAUUUUGAAAUACAAGAAAAAUAUCUUUUGUCUGCACUUGAUCGUUUUGCUCAAUUUUUUAUAAAACCUUUAAUGAAAAAAGAUGCCAUAACAAGAGAACGUGAAGCUGUAGAAAGUGAGUUUCAGAUGGCUUUACCUUCUGAUUUUUGUAGAAAAGAACAAUUAUUUAGUAGUUUUGCACGAUCAAAUCAUCCUGCAACAAAAUUUUGUUGGGGUAACUUAGUUACUUUACGAGAUAAUGUAACAGAUAAAAAGCUUUAUGAGGAAUUGCAUAAAUUCAAAGAGCGUCAUUACAGUGCUCAUAGGAUGAAACUUGCUAUACAAGCAAGACUUCCAUUGGAUGUAUUAGAAGAUUACGUAACUCAAUGUUUUGCAAAUGUACCAAAUAAUGGUUUACCAGCUGACGAUUUUACAUUGUUUAAGGGUUCAAAUUCAUUUGAUACACCAAGUUUUAGAAAAAUUUAUAAAAUCAAGCCUAUAAAAGAUAUUUGCCAAGUAGAGUUAACAUGGUCUAUGCCACCUCUUCACGAUUUAUACAAAAGCAAACCACAUCAAUAUAUUUCUUGGAUUAUAGGAUAUGAAGGAAAAGGUUCUUUAAUUAGUUAUUUAAGAAGAAAAAUGUGGUGCCUUGGUAUUUUCAGCGGAAAUGAAGAAAGCGGUUUUGAACAUAGUUCAAUGUAUGCGUUGUUUAAUUUAUCUUUAAUGUUGACAGAACAAGGACACAAACAUCUACCAGAAGUAUUAAAUGCUAUAUUUUCGUUUAUCAAUUUAAUGCGUAAAGAAGGUCCGCAGAAAAGAAUAUAUGACGAGAUCCAUCAGAUUAAAGAAACGAAUUUCAGAUUUACAGAUGAAUCGCCACCAGCAGAAUAUGUAGAAGAUUUAUGUGAAAGCAUGCACUAUUAUCCUCCUCGUGAUUAUAUUACUGGAAGUGGAUUAUAUUUUGAAUAUAAUCCAGAAGCUAUACAAAUCUGUUUAAAUUAUUUAACACCUGAUGACGUAAACAUUAUAAUUUUUGAUAAAAAAUUUAAUGAUGAAGAUUUUGAUAAAGUGGAACCUUGGUUUAAAACCAAAUAUACCGAUAUGGAGAUUCCUCAAGAAUGGAUUGAAUGUUGGAGAACUAUUGAACCUUUUUCUGAAUUCCAUUUACCAUUACCUAAUAUGUUCAUCACAGAUGAUUUCAAUUUAAUUUCAAUGCCAGCUAACAUUUCUAAAUAUCCUACAAAAAUCUAUACAGAUGAGAUAACAGAAAUAUGGUAUCGACCUGAUCCUAAAUUUGGUUUACCUGAAUGUUAUAUGUAUUUUUAUAUCAUAUCGCCAAUGGCUGUUUGUUCACUAAAAGGUGCAGCUCUAAUGGAUUUGUUUAUUGCUAUAUUAAAGCAAUUGUUAGUGGAAUCAUUGUAUCCAGCCACAGUUGCUGAAUUAAAUCACGAUAUUCAUGCAAAUGACAAGGGUAUUAUGCUUAAAGUGAAUGGAUUUAAUCAGAAAUUACCACUUCUAUUGAUGACUAUAGCAAAAUGUAUAGCUGAUAUUCCAACGUUAAUAACUGAAGAAUUUUUCGAAGUUAUGAAACAAGAAGAAAUUAAGGCAUAUUAUAAUAAUUUUGUAAAACCUAAAAAAUUAGUUCGGGAUGUAAGAUUAUCAAUUCUAAUGUUUAUUCAUUGGAUGGCCACAGACAAACAUGCUGCAAUUCAUAAUGUGCAAUUUCCUGAAUUCCAGAAUUUUGUUAGUCAUUUUACUGAUCAUGUUUAUAUUCAAUCUUUAGUACAAGGGAAUAUGACAAAGGAAGAUGUAAUAAAAAAUGUUCAGGAAUGUAUAAAAACUCUCAAAUGUGGACCAUUAUUGCCUAAUACAAUGCAACAAAUGAGAGUAAUGCAAAUACCAAUCGGUUCGCAUUAUUGUAAAGUAAAAAAUUUUAAUAGCACAGAUGUAAACUCUGUUGUAAUGAAUUACUAUCAAUCUGGUGUUUCAUCUAUCAAAUUGUUGGUUAUUAUUGAAUUGUUAAUAAUGUACAUGGAAGAGCCACUCUUUAAUCAAUUAAGAACACAAGAACAACUUGGUUAUAAUGUUUUCUGUUUAUUAAGAGAUACCUUUGGUAUUCUUGGUUAUUCCAUCACGGUAUAUACUCAAGCAGAUAAAUACAGUACAGAACAUGUGGAUAAUAGGAUAGAAGCUUUUUUAACAAUGUUCAAUAAUAUGCUACAAGGAAUUUUGGAGAAAGAUUUAGAUAGCAUUAAAGAAGCAGUAAUAAAAUUGAAACAAUGCGCUGAUAUACAUUUAAAAGAAGAAGUUGAUAGAAAUUGGUCAGAAAUUAUAACUGGAGAUUAUAUGUUUGAUAGAAUAGAAAAUGAAUUGAGCAUGAUAGAACAUAUUACAAUCGAUGAAUUGAGAGAAUGGAUGCAAUCUCAUACGAUUAAUGGGAAUAAUUUUAGAAAAUUAAGUGUACACGUGAUUGGUAGCGCUAAAUCAACUGAUAUGGAGAAUAAUGAAGCUAAAUCAAAAAUAGAAAAUGCUGGAAAUAUAAAAUAUUUAUUGGAUUAUAUUCCUGUUACUGAAGAAACUGAUAAAUCAUCGGUAUAUAUUACUGAUAUACAGGAAUACAAAAAUCAAUUGUACACUUAUCCUGUAAAGCAUACUACUUUAUGAUAUUAAAUUUUACUAAUGAAAAUUAAUAGUAUUUGAAAAAUUCUGAGAAAUAAUAAAUGAUGGAAUGAUGAAAUAUGAAA